AUGUCUGACUUCGAAGAUGAUGAGAUGGACGUUGAUGCGCCCGCUGUUCAGAGCGCAAUCGAAUUCAGCUCCGCCAACACUCAGAAGGGCAAGAGGAGCGCUGCAAAUCUGCCAGUAGAGGCUCAGGAUACGCUGCCAUGGGUAGAGAAAUACCGCCCCGAUACUCUCGCAGACGUUUCCGGACACCAGGACAUUCUAGCGACCAUCAACAAAUUUGUUGACUCGAAUCGGUUACCACAUCUCCUUCUCUACGGCCCCCCAGGUACCGGAAAGACGUCCACUGUUCUGGCUCUGGCCAGACGCAUCUACGGAAACAAAAACAUGCGACAAAUGGUCUUGGAGCUGAACGCCAGUGACGAUAGAGGUAUCGACGUUGUCCGCGAACAGAUAAAGACGUUCAGUAGCACGAAGCAAAUCUUCUCCGCAGCCCCCGCUCCUGGCAGCGCAUCCAGCCUCGCCUCUUUCAAGCUCAUCAUUCUCGACGAAGCUGACGCCAUGACCUCGACCGCGCAAAUGGCGCUGCGUCGCAUCAUGGAAAAGUACACGGCAAACACGCGCUUCUGCAUUAUCGCAAACUACACGCACAAGCUCUCCCCGGCCCUGCUUUCUCGCUGCACCCGCUUCCGCUUCAGCCCGCUCAAGGAGCCCGAUAUCCGCCGAUUGGUCGACGAAGUCAUCGAGAAAGAGAACGUAGAAAUUGUUCCAGAGGCAGCAGACGCGCUCGUGCGCCUGAGCAAGGGAGACAUGCGUCGUGCGCUCAAUGUGCUGCAGGCGUGCCAUGCCAGUAGCACGCCUCUCCAGAAGCCGGGAGAGAAGGCACAGGAUCCGCAAACAAUCAAACGGGACACGAUCACCGAGACCACGAUCUACGACUGCAUUGCCGCGCCACACCCGGAAGACGUUGACUUCAUAUUAAGAACACUGCUGGAGACUAAGAACGUGAGGAGCUGUCUGCAGGAUAUCCAUCGAAUCAAGACGACGAAGGGCUUGGCUCUUGCCGAUAUCUUAACGGCUUUGGGAGAGAGGCUAGCCAACUUGGAUGUCCCAGCACAGGCAAGGAUAACGUGGAUGGAGGGUCUGAGCGAGGUGGAAUACAGGCUCAGCUCUGGUGGGAAUGAAACAGUGCAGACGGGGGCUGUUGUGGGCGUUGUGAGGAAUGGCGCGGAGUUGACGGCGACAAAAUCGUGA